AUGUCUCCAUCGAUGUCUGAAUCCGAAUCAUCACGGUGCAGAAAAAAAAUGAUGAUAAUCCUCACCGACUUCGAUAUACCUGAAGGCAGCGAUGUGGUCAAAGAAUUUCGACAUAACACUCUCGGUGGUCGGGCCAUUGACGCUACCAGGCAAGACCUCGAAUUUGGCAACGGAGAGUAUGAUGCGAAUUACAAGAGGCCUGUCUUUGUGAAAGUGAGUAAGGCAACGGCGACAGACAGCUCUUUCCGGCUAUUUGGAGAUGAGCUAAAGAAACGCCAGAGGAUCUACAAUGCGGUCCUCUUCGUUGUAUCCCACCGCGCCAUUUUUAAAUACCGCGCUCGCAAGACUAUAAAGGCGGCCUACGAGCAGAGAUUCUAUGUGUCGGAGAAGCAGAAGGCCAACUUGAAAGGGUAA